CUGCCUGGUUUUCUGUUACAGAAACCUAUCCAGCCGUUUUCCUUUGCCGCAGGCUGACCUCCUCCCAUGUUAGCAUAGCUUCUAUCUUUCUACUCCUUCAUAACUCUCCUUCCUUCAGCCUUCCAAUUCAAAGUUCCCUCUGCCUCUCUGGAAUGCCCUUCCCAGUUUCCUCGUCUGCUAGACACCCACCCACUCAUUUCCAGCAGACUCCUGUGUCUCCUCUUUGGGCUCCCUUUAACUGCUCCCCACACCUCUUUUCUACUAGGGCCCCUUUCUAACAGCUCCCCAUACCUCUUUUAACUUCUGAAUCCUUUUUUCAAGCAGUUUUCCUAGGUGCCAGGCUUUCCCAUGGUCCCCACCAGACUUUUUAAAUGAUUACUCAGAGAACUGAAGACAGUUAGCUUUUUUUAAAGAUAGCAGUGGGGAAAGGAAGUUUUGGGGCAGAAGCUAUAUAGUCAAGGCCUGAAAAAGAAGAUAGAGGGUGUACCCUACCCCAAGAGACAAUGGAGAAGGGGAAACUGGGCCCUGGGCAGCAUUAGAAUGAUGCUACCCGUUCUGUCAACAUACAUAGGACACACACACUCCUAGGCUAGAACAGGAGAUUUUAGUCACUGCCCUUCUAACCCAUCCCCCACCAUGCUAGGCUGGCAUGGCCAUGCCCACAGUGCCCCAAACUGUUAACAAAACUGCCUGCUUUACUGUGACCCACUUCCUCUACAUGGGCCUCUGAGGUGUCCAGAGGGAGAGGACAUCACCAGGCCUGCAGCCUAGCAUUUAGGUAUCUGGGCAGGCUUCUGGGACAGGCAAAGACAUGGACCCCCACUGUGGAAAGUGGUCAGGCUUUCUAGGUCAGGCUGGCUUGUGCAACUCAGAGGCCUGUUUGGGUAAAGGAGUAGAGCCUGGCUAAUACAUGAACGGACGGAUCCAGGUAUCAAUCAGUUCUGGGGAGAAAAAGUUUCAUAACAAGAAAAAUAACCAGGAGGAGUUUCUAUACAUUCUGAAAUGAUGCAAUGUAAAGUCUUCGCAGAAAAGCAAUGUGUAAUUAGAGCUGAACAAGUAUUCAUGAGUCAACAGCUGAGGCUCUAUAUAUUACUGCUGGUUCCCCUUUAUUCCACGAAGAAGGACUCCAAAUCAGCCAUGCCUUCAUCUGAGUGAUGAAGGAAAAAAACACUGGAUUCUGAUUCCAAAACACAGCUUUGAGAUGUCAUUCAGUCUCCUUGAGUCAGUAACAAGAGGGGUAGUAGACUGGGUCAUCUCUAAGAUCUCCAACUCUGAAAUUUUAAAUUUUAGAGCAUGGGGGUGAAGGGUGACUAGUAAAAUCUGGAAACAGCCUCAAUCUGAUUCUGGAGUGGAACAAAACAAAACCCCGGGACAAAAGAGAUGAAAUUCCACUGAGCUUUAGUGGAGCAAUUGUAAAUGCAUCACAGUCCUCAGGCUCCCAGGCCACAAGGACUACUCUCCUGCUGGGUGCCUGGGAUUCUGCUGCCUUCUCCCAAUUCAGCCUCACAGAUCAGCCAUAGUCCCUUGCAGAGACUUGGGCUGGGGAAACCCCCUUCAUUUCUUCCUAGGCCUACUUGGAACAUGCACCCAAAAGAUACUCUGAAUUGUACAGAAGGCGAAGGUGUGGGGACCCUGGAUGUGGAGCCACUGUAUUGCAACAGCCCAGCCUAGGAAGUCUCCUGCAGGUGUCCUGAGGUCUGUCCCAGAGGGGUCCCUUGAAUACAUGUCUACUUAAGGCUUUUCCCCUGACCCUGCCUGCCCACCAGGUCAACCUAGGAACCUGAUGCCCUCAGCAAACUGCAUUUUUCAGCAAGUGGACAGCUGUCUCUGGGUGGAACCAGAGCCUGAGAGACCUUAAGUGGGCAUGAGGGGGCUCAGAGCUCUCAAUGGGUUCUGAUGCCCUCUUGUGGCAAUAUUGGUCAUUGGCUAGAAGGAAGUUGCAGAGGAGAGCCAAGAUUGGACUGGACUCCUUAGGGGAGACAAGUCACCUGUAAUAACAGUUACCAUUAUAAAAUAACAUUAUAACAAUAGUUAACAUUUUGACCUGUUCACUUACCACUCUGUAUCUAACACUCCUAAAAUGGUUUGCAUAUAUUACUUGAUUUCUCACAAUAGCCUGUAAUAUAAACACUUGUUAUCUCUGCUUUAACCAUGAGCACAAAAAGGUUAAGGUAGCUGCCAAGGUCACACAGCAGAUCAGAAUUCUAAGUUUGAGGAAUCUUGCUCCAGGACUUUUGCUUUUAAUUACCAUGCUGAAACAGUCCCAUUUCCAUGGUUACUAGGUAAAAUAUACAAUGCUCAGAUUACAAUUUCAGAUAAACAACUAAUAAUUUGUUAGCCUAAAUAUAUCCCAUGAAAUAUUUGGUUCAUACUUAAUACCAACAAAUUAUUUGUUGCUUAUCUGAAGUUCUAAUUUAACAGGUGUCCAGUAUUUUUAUUUACUAAAUCUGGCAACCCAAAUUUACAAGGCACUUUUCUUUGCCAAAUGCCAUCACAUAUGUUACCUAAUUUGAUCUCCCAGGAAGCCUACCCUCAGGUGCUCCAGCGUGGUCCCCACCCCACUUCAGGCUUUCCCAAUAUUUCACUUUUUUUUUUUUCCAGGUAAAGAAACAGAGACACAGAGACCUGAAAUGGCUACCUGAAGUUACAAAACAUGACAAGUGGCAGAGCUGGGAUUGAGCCCACGUCCUCCAGCAAAGCUGGUGUGUGUUUUGUUCUCCAACAAAAACCAAUGCACGGUUUCCAUUGUAACAGGAGAGACAAGUGAAUAGCAGUGACUGUCACAUGGAAAUCUCCCUUUGUGACAUCUUGGACCUGGUCUGCUAUUCAGAAAUAUAUGAAAACCAGUGAGGGUCUUUCCAGUUUGGGAGAGGCAAGGGAGUGGACACAGCUCUCUAAGGUUUAUGCUCAGUCCUGCCUGACCUCUCUAGGGAGGCAGGAAGGAGACUGCUAUUAGACCCUAGGGAGCAGCUAUGAGGCUCCUAUAACAGCCUGCUCAGGAGCACCUGAGGCUCCUCAGGACUGUUUACCUGCUGCUCUGCACACCGGUAGCCUCAAGCCCAGCUGCUGAGGUUGCAUCACCCACAGCUAAAACAGCCUGGCAGCCAAAAGGCAACAGAAGGAAUCUAAAACACCAGGGCCCAGGGAGCCUCCCCCACCUCGCUGUUGCUUUUUGGGAGUGUGGUGCUUCUGUCCACAGAAAACACCCUUUACAUUUUUCUCUCUUGACUCCAUUGAUCUGCUCCCACCCCAAAUACCUGUGCUUUUUCUUCCUAACAGAUACAAACCGUCCCUUUGCCCUCCGUACCAGGGCUGGCUGGCUCUAAUAAGACAGUAGUCAAGGGAAUUUCAGCAUUGGGGCCUCCAUGGGGUGCAGGCUGGGGUGCCCCGCUGGUAUGUGCCACACAGGUUUGUCAACCUCAAAAUUAGCCUGGAGCCUGUAUGACCUGCCACCACCACUACCCCGCACCUCCAGGAAGUUGGAGCCAGAGGCAGAGCCUGGCCAGAAGCUGGACUUAGAGACUGGGCUUCUCUGAUCCCACCUGGCCCCACAGGGAAAGCAGUGCACAAGGCCUCCAGGGGUCCAGGGCCAGGCUGCUGAGAAGGCGAGUGCAGUUCUCUUGCACGGGUUGAGGCCCAGCUCCUGGGAAGAGAAAUGCUUGGUAGGGAGGUGUUUGCAUGUGCAACCAGGUACAGCCUGGUCCUCUCCCACAUCUGGGAGGGGCCAGAGCCCAGACAGGUCUACCAGCAAAAUCAUCUGACUGGGUGUUCAGCCCAGGCUGCACACGGGUCCCCCUCUCCUCUCAGGGCUAUAGAGGAGCUGGCGCCCACACAGGCACACCUCUAGGCUGGACAACACCCACCUCACCUCUAGAUAAGCACUGGAUCUGGGCCCUCAUGCUGGAGCUUGAGAGAUCUUGUCAAUCCAUUGGGGGAAGCAAGAAAGGAGUUUUCCUGUUCUAACAUGGGUGCCUGCUCCCUUGUCUAGACAUCCAUGUCCCCGCAAGAACACAUACAUCAACUGAGUGUACCUGCUGACUUAAAGAUCCCAGGGGAGACUCUGAGGGUAAAAGGCAGACAGCAGGUAGGCAUCUUCGUGGGCAGGGGGCAAGGGCUUGUGUGGAGGCUGGGGCUGAAGGUAGGGAAAGGUGUCAGUAGGAGUUAUCUCCCAGCACACAUACUGAAUUACUGAAUCCUGCCACCUAGCCUCACUUCCCCUACACUGGCCCAGGGACACCCAGCCAGGCCAUGAAAGGAAGGAAUUUUGAGCUCAGAAGGGGCCCAUCCACCUUAAACCAAGAGUUGGGGAGCCUUGAGACCAACCCUGGUGUCAGGGAGAGCGCGUUUGGUGCUAGUUCCAGCAGCAGUCCUGAUCAAUCCUUGUUUCCUGAAGAAGGGGUGAGAGGGAGGGAAGGUGGGGACUCCCAAGCAGGUUGAUGUUCUAUUUCUGCAACAAAGAAGUGAACUGGCAAUAGGAGCCUAGGCUCCAGGGUCUUGGGGUCAUAAAGAGGCCCAGGAGGGCCAGGAAGUUCUCCUCAGUUGACUCCUGUCUCCCUUCCCAGGGCAGCCAUGUCUGUGACCAGCAGGAAGAUGAGACCAUCCAGAACCCAGGAGACCCCCAGCCACCUGGGCAUUGCCGACAAGACUGCAGCUUGAGGGAUGCUGGGCACCCGCCAGACCUUCUUGAGCUUCAGUGUGGACAAGAACAUGCAGAGGCUGCUGAAGGCCAUUGCAGGCCAAGGUGAACCCUGCUUAGCCAUUGUGGGUGUGCUGAGCAGUCGGAGCAGAGAGCAAAGGCAGCUUCUCUCUCAAGCCUUCCAGGGGUGCACCCAAGAGGACCUGCUGAAGUCCCUGCAGGCAGCACUCUCUGGCAACCUUGAGAAGAUCAUGGUGGCUCUUCUGCAGCCUGCAGCCCAUUUUGAUGCCGAGUAUUUGAGAACACCUUUGAAAUUACCAGGUUCUGCUGAGGAUGUUGCCAUGGAGAUUCUUGCCAUCCGAAUGCCACCAUAUCCGCAGGAGUGCCUGGCAGUCCACAAACACAAUUUCCAGGUGGAAGCUGAGGGUAUCAAAUCUGAGACCGGUGGCACCUUGAAAGAGCUGCUCCUGGCCCUGGCCAAGGGUGUCUCCUUCUGGAGGGGCCAUGAGAGCUACUCUGACAUCAUUGACUAUAACCUGGCAGAACAAGAUGUCCAGGCACUGAAGCAGCCUGAAGGAUCCUGCAGAGGCAAUGUGGGUCCUAUAAUCUUCACCCAGUGAAAUACCGAACACCUCAUCCGAGUGUUUGAUCAGUACCAGCGGUACACUGGGCAUGAACUGGAGAAGACUGUCCAGAACUGUUUCCAUGGAGAAACUCAGGUGGCUCUGAUCAGCCUAGCCUCAGUGAUCAGGAACACACCGCUGUUCUUUGCUGAUAAACUUCAUCAAGCCCUCCAGGAAGCUGAACCCAAAUCCCAAGUCCUAAUGUGCAUUCUUAUCUUUCGAAGUGAGACUGACCUUCUAAGAAUCCGAGCUGAAUUCAAAAAGAAAUUUGGGAAGUCCCUGUACUCUUCUCCCCAGGUGAGAUGUGGCUAGUUCUUAACCUGGAGCCCCAAAGCUCACCCCUCACUCACCCCUCACCUCCCUUCAGCCCUCCCUGCACACAGCUGAGCACACUCACAUCCUGGACAACUCAGGAAUCUUUGGUUAACUUAGUGCAGGUUUCCAGACACCAUAUAGUUUGGGACCAGCACAAGGAGGGGACAGAAUGCCUGGGCCAUGGUGAUGGUUGGUCUUUCUAACACUUGACUCAU